UGUGACGUUGUUGUUUAGCGAACACCUUCGAUACAUUGAUUUUUUGUGUGUUUUUACACACAAACCCUGAAAACCGUCGGCGAGACCCAUCUGUGUUUACAGAUGGAAUUCACCGUGAUCGACGCCGAAGUCAUCCAAUCGCGGUUGGGACCGCAACAAACCACGGCCACGGGGAAAAGCUCCAACGACCCGGACCGGCUGCUGAUCGCCCUGAAACAAGUCCAACAGCUAGACCUCAGCUGCAUGAAUAUACUGCACAUCGUCAAUUUGAGCGUGCUGUCAUCGUCUAACCUGACGUCGUUGAAGCUGUCGUUGAAUCGGAUCGACAAGCUUUGCCAUCUAGACACGUUGACAAAUCUCGUCGAAUUGGACUUGUCGCACAAUCGUAUAAGCCGCAUCGAAAACAUUCAGCAUUUGACUAGACUGCAGCGGUUGUCGUUGAAUCACAAUCCAAUCACACGAGUUGAAAAUUUGGAAGGUCAACUCGAUUCGUUAGCAAUGUUGGACGUCGGUUAUUGUAAGAUCGAAGACUUAAAAUAUACGUUGUACUUGAAACAGUUCACGAAUCUAGUGUCGCUGGUGGCAGAGGGAAAUCCUAUCCACUUCAAGCCGGCUGGCGCCGAUCGGUCGUUGUCGAUGACCAUCAUACAGUCACUUUUGGUGUACGACAACAAAACAAUAAGACCAGAAGAAAGAGUUAAGGCGCGGCACGAUUACAGAAAACUGGUCGAAUUGCUGGAAAAAAGCCACCGAAAAUGGAAACUCAAAGCGGAAGCCGACGGAGAGCGUGCGACCAGAAGUUUGGCGAGAAAAGAAGCUUUCUUGGAUGGGAUUUUAGAAGGAGACGACGUCGACCUGAACGAAAGGAUUUUUCGAAACGCCACCGUGGAAAGCGUUCUCCGCGAAAACAACCGUUACGGGAUUCACAACGCCUAUAGAAUGCACUCGGAAAAGUUCAAGACCCUCGUCAGUGAUAUCACAACGGCCGCAGAAAGCUGUCGGGCCACUCGAACCGGUCUGGUGCAGACUUUCGGCGAGAAUCUGCGACAACUGGUCGACGAAAGAGUGGAAGAAAGUAGAAGGUACGUCUUGAAAUUUAUCGGUGACCAGAAAAAAUAUUUUGCCAACCGCUGUCCAAUGCCGUCCGAUGUCAAUGACUCCACCGUUGGUUUGGAGAGCAUAAUGCACAAACUGUGGCUGGCAUUGAUGUGCCAAGAAGACCGUUUGUCGAGCAGAAUAUGUGCCAUGAUCGCGGAUCUACACGGUGUACUCGAAAAGGAAAUAGAUCGUUUCAAGCGGUUCGUCAAGGAUAGGUUCGGCUCGUUGCAAACGCAGCAAAAUGAUUUUUUACAAUUCAUUUUGGAGUACGCGACGAGUUUCGCUCAAAACAACGAGGCGAUCAAUCGACAACGGAAAGUGUCUGAAAUCACCGACGACAUAUCUCAAUGCAUGGAACAGCAAACCCUGUUGAUCGGUCAGGCCGAGUCGUCCAUAACGACAAAGUCUUCAGAGUGGCUGAACACAUUGUGCAAAGAUCUCAAGAGCCGUGAAGUCCACAGGAAUCGUCAAAAGGUUUUGGAAAUAGCGGCUUUCGUACAGUUCCAAAAGACAAGAUGGAAUGACAAGACAAAAAAUAUGAACAUACCUUUUUGAAUGUGCCUAUCAUUUGGUUUUUUUAAUUUGAUUUAGUCGUUUCGUUUGCUUUUAACAGACCGAAUAUAAACUGUACAGC